GCAUUUGGUAUGUCUGAUAUGUACCAAUAUGGCGGCCAUGUAGCCUUGUUAUCCUACACCCUGCAACUUCACAUCAUGUUCACGGCGUCAAGAAUCACAUUUUCCGGAGGCUUUUGCUGGAAUAAUACUAACGAACAACCGGUGGAUGCACUAGGAACGCCGUCCAAAGCAUUUAUGUGGUAUUUUGACCCUUUUUUAGCGGUUAGAGAUCGCCGAGAUUUCGCGUAAAUAGAUAUGUUGUGUGGAUGCGGUCUGUGUGUCGUACAUGUAUGCAGUGCGCGCAGGUUCAACUGCAUGGGAUCCUUACGCACAAGAGUGUUGGAUAUAAGAGAGGCGCCAUUUUUUGUUCCUACCACGCUGUCUGUGUCUUGGAGCAGAGGCAUAGCCGGUAGGGGUACAGCUGAUCCUCCUGUUGAUUCCUCGCUCCUUUUUCUUCUACAGCGGAGCUUGUCACUGAUUUCCGUCAACCAGCAAGAGCGGUGAAGCACACAGCCAAGUACGAAGCAUUGUUACGUAAUACCGCCUACAUGUCUGAAGUAUGACUUUGAUGUUUAAUGAUGGGGGUUUUACGAUCGUGGAGAAGCUGUUUAAAGCCCUGCGAAAGAUUCUUCAGCACUGGCGACUUUCCCUUGCCUCUCUGCUUUUUUAUAUACUUUUGUCGUUACUCACAAACGUUAGCAGGGAGAACUUCCUUGUGCUAGCGACCAAUAUUACAACCAAUUCAAGACAGUACCAGAAACCUCCACAUUCACCAGUGACAACAAUAUGGCCGCUGACAGAACCAAACUGUCGAGGAGUUCAGUCUUGUUACAUUGUGACAAGUCAAAAGGAUGUGGAGAAAAUUUGUAACCUUUCUAGAGAGUGUCGGACGAGAAGUUGCGUGGAAUUUAAUAUUGAAACUUGUCCGUGGAGGACUCCCAUGAAUUUAGUACAUGUGGGAAACAGCAAUUCAGAUUGCCUAUUGAAGGACAAAGAUGGAUGUGUAUCCUGUAUGCAGGAUCUACUAGACAAGAAUCGAAAAGUGAAACAACUUUUUGAAAAUUACGCUUCCAUUUUAGAUCGGUACGAUUGUGAUAGGAACUACUCAAUGUAUGGCUGCAAAGAUUGUAAGAUUGCAUACAGAGAUUGGCUGUGUGGGAUAACCUUCGAUUUCUAUGAUGAAGGUCGACUCAUCAAGCCAUGUUUGGAAUUUUGUUACGAAACCUCAAGGAAAUGCCCCUUUUUGUUACCAUCUGUACAGUACUGUGGUAGACAGAGCUACUUCUGUCCACGGCACCGGGAUCUUUAUGAAAAUUCUACAUAUGCCCAUGAAGCACCAUGUUUUCAGUGUGACUACUCUCAUAAAUCAGCAUUGGGCAAGUGCACAGUAAAUGUGACCAAUAGAACGGAUCCAUCAGGCACAGUCAGCUUAUACAAAGCAUCUGUAACAAGGCUCGUGAUUGGACAGUUAGCCAUGCUGUGGAUUUGGAGAACAUUUGUGUGACCUACCACUGGAAUUUGCAUAGGAGGAGGAAGCCCCACCCCCUUUUGGGGAGGCACUAGGGAACUUCUUUUGAUUGACAUGUCCGAGUUGGAUGUUGCAUCCGGGAGCCAUCCUCGUCAGCUUUCCAUCACAUGCAGGUAGCGUUACCAUGGCAACCUGUUCAUCUGUUGGAAUUGGAAUCAUCAAAUGCUUGCUUUGUCUUUGGUUGUUUUUUACAUUGCCUGCAGUAUUUGUUACAUUUAUCAACAUAAUUUCUUAGUUUGUAAAUGAGCAUACAACUCAAGGACUGGUCCAAGGGUGACAGUUGUGGGUUUCUUAAAUGCCCAUUUUGGCAGUAGAAAUGGAUGUGCUCUUCGUGACCCAUUCCGGUCAAAUUUACAGUCUCUUGUAAGCAAGAUAAACCACUCACUCCAAAAUAAUUUUUGAAGCAGAAAAGUUGUGAACCACUUUGAAAGUGAAAUGUAUUCAAUUUGGUGUGGGUAGUCCAUUGAAGAAUUGGCCCUCUGUGUUUUAAAGACUGUCCAGAAAAAAAAGGAUUCUAGCUUACAUACGUGUAUAACUCUACAUCUUCAUCCAGCCAAGUGUAUCUGUCAUCCUUUUAUUCUAGACAUACACACAGAUAGUUGAAAGUGGCAAUUUUCUGAACCAGUACAGUUUCUCCUAUAUACAGUAUUCCUGCUGCAUCAUCCUGAAGUUUCUGUGAUGCUAAGGCCCAUGAAUGUAUCAAUCAACCGGUCUUAAUGCACAAAUAAGAAUCUCUGUACUCUGCCAUUAAUGUGAUGUUUGGAGCUAAGAUUUCCACAUCUCACUGUAAUCCCUUCCUACUGUACAUGUACUUGAUUAUUUGCACACCAUCAACUUACGGCCCCCCAUGAGUUGUGUGCAUACUGAACUCUUGUAUUUCAAUAAGCUUUUUUAAUAUUAGGAGAAUUGUCUGUGCAUCCUGCCUGGCGUGUCUGUGGUCUGAGUUCAAAGAUGCUUCAUUAUCAUCUUAGCAUGGUGCCCUAAAAAGUGGCUUGGCAGUGCUGGAUUCCGUUUACACAUUAUUCCGAGAACUGUUUGUGGGAAACAGCAAUACAGUCCAGGGCAAAUGUUGUUUAUCAAGAUUUUACUUUACUGCUCUCAUUAUGAUGCUGAAGGGAGUAAAUCUUCACAAGUUGAAAUUUGGUUCUUCUGUGAAUGAUGGAAAACAUGGCCAGUGACGUAUCCAUCCCUUUUCACAAGUACAUGUAGUAAGAAGAAUACAUGAAGGUUUUUUUUUCUAAUUGAGGGGGUUUUAUUUUCUUGGAUCAGAGAAGUUCAGAUACACUUUGACAGUACUGUUUAUCUUGCUUACGUCCUUUGCUCCAUUUUGUUCCAAAUGUCCACAAACAUCUUGUCUGUGAUGGAUGAAUUCUUUUACUGAGGUUGAUGGACCAUUUUUGAAAAAGAGAGAAUUAUGUAACAUGAAAUGUAGGAAUUUAUUACAAUAGGCAUGAUAGGUAUGUUUCUUGUUGAACAGACUAACUAAUUCUUGACUUUAUUUAGGAUAAAUUGAGUAACUCUUGGCAAUUUUUUACAACCAGUGGAAAGCUAAAUUUGGAUAUGGCGCAAGAAGUGGAAUGCUUGAUACUGGAAAGUCACCUGCCAGUAAUUAGAAGGGGGAAUUUCAAGGGUAAAUAUGAACAGAAAGUUUAAGGACAAUCACGCUAGACCUCAUAAAAAUAUCUUGUCAAUUUAUCUUUACGAUUAAUAUCCAGAAUACAAAAAUGGAAAAUGAAAUAACUCUUCCUGGAAGAAUUCUCCUUUUAAAAACUUUUUGUCAAUGGUAGAAACCAAAGAAUUGCCAGGCAUUUUAUCGGAUUUCAUUUUGAGUUGUCACUUCUCAUAAGGCAGGCUCCAAAGGGAAUCUGAAUGUACACUGGGGUUGUGUAUGUACAUGUGGAUUACCACAGAGCCAUAACUCCCACAAUUCCUUGCAGGUAUGUGACCUUUAGAAUAUCAGUCAACAUUUAUGGGUACACAGUGUCAGGAGAAAGCUAAAUACACGUACCUAAAUGAUACAACCAUAGUUGUCAUAACCAUUACUGAAGAAAUAGGUCAAAUGGUUUUUAUUUAUAAAUUCAAUCUAUUUCUGAUUGUUUUCAGUGUUGAGCUCAUUGAGUGCAUUUUUCGCUUUUAUAUGUUGAUUUGUAAUUAGUGAGUUGGUUUAUUUUGUUUACAUUUUGAUGAGCAUGUUCUCAUUAUUAUUCUCAGCUUGUAGACCAUGUUUGAUGUAUUUUUAAGAAAAAAGGAUGUGAAAUUAUACUGUAAGUUAACGUAAAAACGUAUCUGGUGAAAUCUUUUGCUACAAUUUUGUUUCUGUAAAACAGACGAGAGCGGUUGUUCAGUGGAGUGGUAACUGUGACAUGAGUAAGGUAUUUUGGCUGUUGCAUACACGUUUCUUGUACACUCACAGAUACAUUACUAUAUAGAGGACUAUAUGGGAAGUAUUCAUAGAUAUAUUAUAAUAUUAUUACACAUGAUAGUUGGCUAUUCUAACUCAGGUGGGAUAGCAUGGUUGGGUUGGAUUGGAGGCGGCAAAUAUCUAGCACAAAUUAGAUUCAGUCAUCAACCGGAACUUUUUUUGAUAAUGCAGACAUUUUAUUGCUGGUUUAACUCUGCAAUCAUAUUUUGCAGUCUGGGGAAAAAACCCUGAGAUUUUUGUUUGUGUUUGCUUGCUUAGUUGUUUUGUCAGCCAUGGUGAGAUCCAUUGGGAACUUGGUAUUCAUGACUCUUAGUGUGAACCUUGCAUGACAGAUGCACAUACAGAAAUUCUUAUUGGGUGAACACAGACUUUUUCUCUGUUCCAAGAUUUUGAAUCAAAACUAUCAUAUAUACAUGUAACUGUACUCACUUGGACUUUGGUUAGAUUGAUAAUAUUCAUUGAGAUUUUUAUAGACAUGUACAUAAGAUUUUCCUUUUUUGUUUCAGAAAAUGCAUUUUGAAACCAAGUACAUGUUUUCAGACAAUCUGAACAUAGAACAGUGUCCCUUAUCAACUAAUCUGAUUGGCUAAUACUUGCCGACUCUAACCAAUCACAGUCUCUGUUACAAACAUGUAGACCCUGAUACCUAGAUGUACAGUAUAUUCCUCCUCCCUGUAAAUGAUGCUGGACACAGUAAAGAACAAAAAGUGUAAGUACAUGUAUUUGGUGUUGAGGCGGAUUAGGUAUCUAGUGCUGUGCACUAGAUCACUGUGAGCUCUACUGGUACGUAGCAACCCACCCACUCCAAGCCUCCUCUGUUUUGUGUGAAAUAUUGUUGUUUGUACAUAUGUUAUUAUCCCCAUCGUAGGCAAAUUUGAAUACCUUGUGAAUUUGUAUGCAGAACAAGGAAUCAAAUAACAAAAUCUCAUAAAAUCAAGAAUCAUCAACUAUUCAGGUAUCACCACAGCUUGGAAUGGCCAUCUCUCCUUUGUAAAAGGGUUCUUUUACAUGAAAAGGUAAAAUGAAGGUUGGAAACAUGGCACGGUUUUUCUCUCUUGUUUUUUUUAAUUUGCGAUUGAUUGUACUUGUACAUGUAGAGGUUCUUUUUGUAGAAUAAAUUAUGAUGAAGCCUUUGCAACCUGGAUAAUUUGAAACUGAAGAGGGCGCUAUAAUGUCAGUUCUGGUGUUGGCCAGUGGGUCAUAGGUAAACAUUUCAGGAACAAAUUUCAUUUUCAUAAUUAAUGUUUCAAACAAUGGAAGUAUGGCACUCGGCUGCCUCAUCAAAUUUAUGUUUGUGUAUAACUUUUUUCAGGAAAAUAAGACCUUGCUGAUCAAUAUGUCCCCAUAUGGCAUUUGUCCUUUUUGAUUGACUAGAUAUUUGUAAUGUACGUUUUAUACUAUGUAAGUUAUAUUUCUGAAUGUAAAGUUGUUAUUUUCGUUCCAUUUAAUUGUGUUUUGUUGCCAAUUUUUCCGAAAAGAGCCUCUUUAUCUCGCAGUGUAAAUAUUUUAGAAACAAAUAGAGCUCAUUUUAAAGUGUAAAAACACAAAAAAGAAACUCCAACAGAGUAGGUGUCA